AAGCCCAGCUCAUUUUGGUUUUAACCAGCAUGCUAUGACAUUUCGGAAGCAUUGGCAGUCUUACCUAGAAUGAUUGUGGCCCACUUUCUAUCUCCAGGACCUACAUUUCCCAGCACCAUGCCCACUGCCGCAUGGCCUGAGGAGGAGUUUGUGUGCUCUGUCUGUCUGGAGACACUACAUGACCCCGCCACGUUGCCCUGUGGUCACACCUACUGCCUGCCCUGCAUCCAGGGGCACUGGGACCGGAAUGAGGCCAAGGGUCCGUGUAACUUCCCCCAGUGUAGGCAGGUCUUCAAACCCACGACCCUCUCUGGCCAAGAGCACAGUGCUAGUGGAGGCGAUGGAGAAGCUGAGAAUAAAGGGCAUCCAGGAGCAUCCCUACCUCUCCAUCUCGUCUGCCCCACCCUCCAUGCCUAUCUACCUGGAGGUGUGUGCGGACACAGGCCUUCGCCAAUGGGGGAUGUAGCCCCAGCUUCCCGUCGUCAGCCCCAGGCUUUGCCCUCAACACCAGUGGCCCCUAGAGCUCUACUGCCAUGACGAUAAGGAGUGUGUGUGUGACGAGUGUUGUCGUCAUGGACACAAGGGCCUCAGUGUGGUUAAGCCGGAGGAGGAGAGGAUGGCGAGACGGGUAAAGAACCAUGACUGUGUGUUUUGUCUGUUGCCACAACUAUUUUAUUUGAAUUUUAGAAAAUACUGGGUGCAUGAGAGAAUCCUGUGUUUCUGUAUACUGUGUCACUAUGUGCAGAGGGAGCUAGUUCCGAUGCAGGCCGAGACACAGAGGAGGUUCCAAGAGAUGGAGAAGGAGCUUAAGGAGUUCCCACAAGCUGCCCAGCUCCACAAAGUAAGGAAACCCCUCAUCAAUGGCAGUAUGAGUAAAAUAUGUUGUGGUUACAUCAUUUGUUGUCAGAGCCUAGUAUUUAGUCACAGUUUCAUAACACUCUGCCCCCUCUUUCACUUCCUUCUCUCCCCCUCUAUCCAUCCCUCCAUUUUUGUUUUUCUUCUCUCCAUCUCUAUGUCCUCGCUCUUCUCAGAGCUCAGUCCAGGCCCUACAGAAGGAGGAUGUGGAGCUCUUCUCUGAGCUGAUGGGUACCCAGGUCGGGGAGCUGCUUUGUGCCCAUGAGGCCUCCACGCCGGACUGAGGGCCGAAUCCACAACCUGGAGCAGGAGCUGGCCCAGCUCCGCAAGAAAGACCAGGAACGCAGCCGACUGGCCAGCAUGCAGGACCACAUCUGCUACUUAAAGGUACAGGGGACAAGAUAAUGGGAUUGAGAUGAUGACAGUUUAAUUGGGACAAGUGUCAAUGACCAUCCUCACCACCAGGUGUUAUUGUCUUCUAUUGUUCUCUACAGAACUGCUUCACCCUGGAGCCCCUCACACAGAAUGGGGGCAGAGAGGGGGUAGGGCUGGGUGAGGAGGCCCUUGUGUCUGAGAUUCAAACCGUGAUGGGAGAGCUAAGAGAUGGACUACAGGAUCUCUGUAAAUCCAGCAUGGCCAAGAUCUUCAGAACUGGUGAGUCAUAUGUCCUGAAACAUAUACAGGGCGAUUAGGACCUGUUUUAAUAUUUUCCCUUUUGAUUGUGUUGGUUCUGUUGAGAAGUAAAUGGUUCUUAAUAUUACUGAAACUGUUUUCUUGCUUAAAGUGAAUGAUGCCACUCGUAGUCCAUCUCAAUUGUUCAGUGGUCAAGCUGCAGGGAACAGAGCAUCUACUGACAACAAUCAGGUGGCUACACAAAACGCAGGUAAGCAUCUACAAGUCAUGUUAAAAGAAAAAGAAAACACAGAAGGGUGCAGCUGCCAUUUUCUAUCCGAAUGUUAGUCUUUUUUCUAUUUUUUUUCUCUCUCUGCAGCAUCCGAAGUGCCAUCAAACCCUCGACUGAACACAGGUAAAUGUUUCAUUCAGUCUUUGUAUGAGAAGAUUAUCAAGUACAUCAACCUUUUAAUAACAGACUAAAGGUGCUUUCCCCGUGUUGCAUUUUAGUAUGUGAAAUAACAUCAAACCCUUCACCUCUACCUCCACCUAGCCGAUUAAACUCAACUCCACAAUUUACGAUGGAGUUGAGCGGCGACUAGUUUGGAUGGAUUGGAGCUCCGACGUUAUGUAUAAUUACAUUUUUAUAAAAAACGACUGAUUUAAGCUCCCAGAGAAUAGCCCGCAAUUACACACAUUGUCGUAAAUCGUUGAGUUUAGUCGGCUACCUCCACCUAGACCUCAAGGUAAAUGCAUUGAUUAGUCUGAAAAAAGUUAAAUACAGUUUCAGAAAUAACUGUAAAAACCGCUUUCUUAUGCUUUUCAUUAGUGAAUGAAGUGACAUCAGCAAACUUUCUACCUCAACCUCCAUUACCUCCAAUUGGACCUCAAGGUAAAUAUAUGAACAGCGGUCUGAGGAUUGGCAUUAUAAUGCAAAUAAAAUGUCGCCAAUAAAAUAAUUUUUCUCUCUCAACUUUUAGUGAACCAGGUGACCACUGUUGGUUUGACAAACCCAGAGCUGAAAACCAGAGAAGAAAUGCUCAAAUGUGAGUACCCCUUUUACUGCAUAAGCAGCAUUGAAGACUACAAAGGAAGACAAUAGCAUCACCAGUCUUUCCUGUCUUUCUCCAUGUAGUUUACUUUAAUCCGACAUUUGACCCCAACACUGCGUACCGUCACCUGAAACUGGCUGAUGGGGACCGUAAAGCCACUGAAGGCAGAGAAGCAGAACCAGCCGGAGCACCCCGACCGUUUCAUCUACUGGAGACAGAUACUGUGCAGGGAGCCCCUGGCUGGAAGCCCCUACUACUGGGAGACAGAGUGGACGGGCCAGAAGGUGGGUCUCAGGCUACGACCACAUUUGACUGGAAAACUCAUGGGUACAUACCAGUGGAGGCUGCUGAGGGGAGGACGGCUCAUAAUAAUGGCUGGAAUGGAGUCGAUGGAAUGGUAUCAACCACGUGUUUGAUGUGUUUGAUACCAUUCCAUUGGCUCCAUUCCAGACAUUAUUUUGAGCCGUCCUCCCCUCAACAGCCUCCACUGGUACAUACUCAUUAUAAUUACAUUUCUAUGGUUGCUCUCUCAUCAUUAAGAUCACGUCAACUUAUGUUAUGUUCUUGAGAGAUGCCCUUGGUUUGAAUCUGUCAUCAAUUGACUAGUAUUCACUAUUUUGGCUAUAAGUAUUUUACUUAGUGAUGGAUUUUAUUGUUUGUCACUCAGAUCACUUUCGGCAUGGCCUACAGAGACUUGGACAGGAAGGAGGCUGACGACAGCAGCAGACUGGGCUACAAUGAGCAGUCUUGGAGCCUGAACUGGUCUGGGACGUGCUUCUCCAUGUGGCAUGCUGGGAAGGAGACCCAUCUAGGCUCAACCAAGGCUGGGGUUGUACCUGGACCAACAUGAAGGAGUACUGGCCAUCUACAGGAUCUCCAACAACUAAGCCCAUCUCAUCCACUCCCUCCAGACAGACUUUACUGGCCCCCUCUAUCCCAGGUUCCGCUUCUGGUCAGGGGUUUGGGCGUCUGUGACUCUAUGUCAACUGGACUAGGCUGGCAUCUGGUGGUUCAGAUCCAUUCUGGAAGCCAUGAGAAGGAAGUCCGCAAUGACAGUACAGUGCUCAGUGCU